UGUGUGUGUGUGUAUAUGACUCGGUGUGUGUGUGUAUAUGACUCGGUGUGUGUGUGUAUAUGACUCGGUGUGUGUUCCAGUGGAGCCGUACGCGGUGCUGAGCUCAGCGCCCUCUGCUGGCAGUGACAGGGUCCUGGUCUGCAGCGUCUACGGCUUUUACCCCGAACACAUCAGUGUGUCCUGGACCAACCACCAGCAGAGUCUGACGACCGGAGUGACCACGACUGACCUGCAGCCAGACGCAGACUGGUACUACCAACUGCACUCACAGCUCGAGUACUCCCCCAGGUCUGGAGACCAGAUUUCCUGUGUGAUUGAACACAAGAGUCUCAAAGAACCAAUGGUCCUGGACUGGGAGGGCGCUCUCUCAGACGGGGACAGGAAUAAAAUGGCCAUCGGAGCCUCUGGUCUGGUCCUGGGUCUGGUUCUGUCUUUGGCCGGGUUCAUCUUCUACAAACACAAGUCCAAAGGUCUGAGUUUGAGGUGUCGUCCUCAAACAGAUGAAGAUUCUGCUCUGUGAGAAGCUCAGUCGAGA